GUACCAACUUAAACCCCGCGCUAAAAUGUCCUCCUUCCCUCUUUUCUCCUCUUAUUAUAAAUGAGGUUCUCGCAUUCAGCAUUUCCUUGGAUAGGCAGAAAAAAAAAUCUUUUCCACAUUUGCCUUCAUCUCCCACACACACACACACAUAUAAAUACAUUGUAUUCAUAGGAAAGAAAAUUCAUUUUUCUGUGGCCAAUAACAAUGGCCGUUUCUAUUAUGAGAAGUGUUGUUUUUGCAGUGUUUAUUACAGUGUUGUUCGCCAGUGCAAUUUCUGCUAUAGAGAGCGCUGAAGAAAGCACUCAGCUGAAGAGCUUGAGAAACUUAACAAUGGCGGAAAGAUCACAAGAAUAUGAGUCUGAACAUGCAGCAGUAGAUGAUCCAGAAGCUGUAGCUGCCAUGGUCGAAAUAGCCAUUCGCAACAGCAACAGCAGCAGCAGUCGUCGCAACCUAGGAUUCUUCUCUUGCGGGACAGGGAACCCUAUCGAUGAUUGCUGGCGCUGCGACCGCAACUGGAUGCGCAACCGCCGCCGACUUGCCGACUGUGCCAUCGGCUUCGGUCGCAACGCCGUCGGCGGGCGCGACGGGCGCUACUACGUGGUUACAGACCCAGGGGACGACGACGCCGUGAAUCCCCGCCCAGGCACCCUUCGCCACGCAGUCAUCCAGGACCAACCCUUGUGGAUCGUCUUCAAACGGGACAUGGUCAUCACCCUCAAGCAGGAGCUCAUCAUGAACAGCUUCAAGACAAUCGAUGCGCGUGGGGCCAACGUCCACAUUGCCAAUGGGGCAUGCAUCACUAUACAGUUCGUCACCAACAUCAUCAUCCACGGCCUUCAUAUCCACGACUGCAAGCCAACGGGGAAUGCUAUGGUGCGCAGCUCUCCGAGUCACUAUGGCUGGAGGACCAUCGCUGAUGGGGACGGGAUAUCCAUAUUCGGGUCGACCCAUAUUUGGAUCGAUCAUAAUUCCCUGUCGAGCUGCGCGGAUGGGCUCAUCGAUGCCAUCAUGGGCUCCACGGCAAUUACCAUUUCCAAUAAUUAUUUCACUCAUCACAAUGAGGUCGGUUCUGUUAUGUUAUUGGGGCACAGUGACUCGUACACCAGGGACAAGGUUAUGCAGGUCACCAUUGCCUACAACCAUUUUGGAGAGGGCCUCAUCCAAAGAAUGCCGAGGUGCAGGCAUGGAUACUUUCAUGUGGUGAACAAUGACUACACACACUGGGAGAUGUAUGCUAUUGGUGGUAGUGCUAACCCCACCAUCAACAGCCAGGGUAACAGAUAUCUAGCGCCAGUCAACCCUUUCGCUAAGGAGGUAACCCACCGAGUGAUAGGUCCCGAUGACAACUGGAGGCAUUGGAAUUGGAGAUCAGAGGGUGACCUCAUGCUAAACGGGGCAUUUUUUACCCGCUCAGGCCGUGGGGCUGCCGCUAGCUAUGCCAGAGCCUCCAGCCUGGCAGCAAAAUCGUCUUCCUUGGUGGGCCCACUCACUUCCACUGCUGGUGCUUUGAGUUGUCGCAGGGGAAUCCCCUGUUGAUCGAAAUUUCUAAUUUUCGACCUAAGCCUUUCUUAUUUUCUCUUCUCCGUAAAAUCCAUAGCCGUUUCUAUCUUCGUUUAUUGGAUAUCCUGUGAUUUACAAACAAGUAUAUUUUUUUUUUCUCCUUCAUGCCUGUCGGUUUUAUUGUUCAGCUUGUCUCUUCGAAUUUAUUCCAAUAUUGAUCAACCUCGGCCCUGCUUCAAUCCCGCACAUUUUGAGGUUCUGUUGUAGCUAGUCCAGAAGUGUUGUUCGUAUUGUUUCAUGAAGAUAUUUAAGCCAGCCCAUGCCAUUUUUUUUUCCUCUUGAAGAAUAAAUUCCUUUUUGGUUCUUUUUUACAUUUCUAUCGUGUCGAACAAAAUCUUGGCCUCCAUAAUUACAGGUUUGUCGUGGGCAUCUGUUUAGUUUAUUAUUGUGGAACUGGAAAAAUGGCGAAGACUACAAAACGUGUUCAGCCCCAAGAAAUGCUGAAAUAGUCUGUGUAAUUAUGGUUCAGUGUUGUGACUAAGAUUAUUAGUUUGUAAAUCGAGUCAGUCAAUGCAAUCCAAUUUUCGUUUCGAUAAUGUUUGUGUCAUUUUUUUUAUAUUUUUUUUUUCUAUUGAUAUUUUUCAAAAAGAAUACAUUGGAUUCUAAAGCACUGCAGAAUACAGUGUCGGUAAUCCGUGAGAUGAUGCGGUGAAUACAAUAAAUGGGCUUUCCAGAUGCCAUGCCGAAC